AUGGUGCCUACGCUAAGCGAAAAGGGAGUAAAGGGUGCUUACUCCUUGGAGAUUCACAGUGAUCAUGCUGUAGAGGUAGAAGAGCUGCCAGAGACCACGUCCAGGACGAUAGCGGCCGAGUGGGGCACACAAACAGCUGGCGGUAGUCACAUUCAUCCGGAUUGGAAGAAGAACCCUUGUUUUCAUCUCAAACUACGCACCACGGGACCCACCAAGGUGAGGAUAUCCCUCUCUCGCCCCGAGAAAGACUGGAAGAACAAGUGCAUCAGGGACUCGGUCGGCUGCAUGAUGGGCUUUUACCUAAUGUCAGGCUCGAAGCCAAACCGCAACCAGGCAAUAUUCCACGAGGCCCUUUCUUUGUUUCGAUUGCCACCACGGACGCCGACUUUUCUCUUAGAAGGUCAGUAA